AUGAUCACAGCACAAGAACUCGCACUGCGCAGCUUCAAGCUCUCUCUCGGCGCGACAUGGAAAGAUGCUGCCAAAGCACUUGGGAUCACGGAGCGUGCCAUCCUCAGUUACAUUGCUGAACCCGGCACCAAAGGGUACCGCGAGAUGCCGACUGAUGUAUGGCAACGCUUGGAAGAACGCACCGGUCAUUCAUUGCUGCGCAAUACCGACGGGCUUUAUUUUCCUCAGAAAAAGAUUAUUUCGGUCAGUUCUCAGAAAGGUGGCGUGGGAAAAACCACGAUUGCUGCGGCUAUAGCAGCCGUGUUAGCACGCAUGGGGUAUAAAACGCUGGUGAUUGAUAUGGAUCCCCAGGGAAACCUCACCGAACAGUACUAUCAGGAAGAUGAUGAGUUUCCCGCUGAAAUACUGCCCGAUCCUGACGGCGAUGAUUUCAAACCCGGUCCCGCGCAUAUCUGGAACAUGUUUGAGGAUGAAAAUGCGCAGAUUGAACCGCUUAAGCGGGAAGAGAACCUCUAUCUUAUCGGAUCCAGCCUCGACCUGGCAGACAUUCAGCUCGGGGACACAAAAACACUGGUCAGUAAUUUCUACAGUAAUUUAAAACGCGUCGAGAGCAAUUUUGAUCUGGUGAUCCUCGACACCCUGCCCAGUUUCGGCAACGCCUUAGCGGCAGCCCAUCGCUCAGCCGACUGGCUGGUGAUCCCGACCGAACUCGCUCGUUUUUCUAAAAAGGGUAUUGUGUACCAGCUGAAAACGGCGAUGAACACCAAGCUCAUUUACGAUACUGAGCUGACGUUACUUGGCAUCGUGGUUAAUAAAAUCAAUUACACCAGCCGUAAAGAAGACUCGUUGGUCCGCAUCCAGGACAAUUACCGUAAACUCCUGAUGCAACAAUACGGUGAUCACAUCGUAUCACCGGCGAUCAAAACCGCGACACAAAUUGUUGAAGCUCAAUCCCUGGCACAACCAUUACUCGACUACGCACCAAAUCAAGAAAUCACGCUACAGUUCACCCUGCUUACUCAGGAGUUGCUGCGUCGAAUAAAACAUGAGGAAGGGUAUCAUGGCUAA